GGUAAAAUGCUGGUGUUAUUUGAAACAGCGGCAGGAUAUGCCAUGUUUAAACUACUGAGCGACAAGAAGUUGAAAAACGUCGAUAAUAUAUAUGAAGAAUUCAACACGGCAGAAAAAGCCCAAGAAAACUUGCAAUUGAUCGCAUUCAAGAAGUUCAAAAGCACAGCGGAUGCCGUAGAGAGUACAUGUGCUUUGCAAGAAGGAAAAAUGAAUAAAACUUUGAAGAAAUUGCUCAAAGGAAAAGUCAGUGAAAAUGAGCAACUCGCUGUCGCCGACGCCAAACUAGGAAAUUUGAUCAAGGAGAAGCUGGAUGUCCCAUGUGUGCAUACCCCUGCGGUGGCCGAACUGAUGCGAAGUAUUCGAGCGAAUAUUGAAGUCGUUACUGGAUGA